AACCAAGCCACAACUUAAUUUGAGGAAUGAAGAAGUAGAAAAAUGGAAGAAGUGAAAUUGUUGGGUUUUUGGUCAAGUCCUUUUAGUAAAAGAGUUGAAAUUGCCCUAAAGCUUAAGGGUAUUCCAUAUGAGUAUAUUGAAGAAGAAAUUCCAAUAAAUAUGUGUCCUAGAAUUGUCAAGUAUAAUCCUAUUCACAAAAAAGUUCCAGUUUUUUUACACAAUGGAAAGCCAAUUGCUGAGUCUCUUGUGAUUCUUGAAUAUAUUGAUGAAACUUGGAAGGAUACAAACCCUCUUCUACCAAAAGAUCCUUAUCAAAGAUCUAUAGCACGUUUUUGGGCUAAGUUUAUGGAUGAAAAGUGUUUGCCAGAGAUUCUAAAAGUUUGUUAUGAAAGCAACAAUGAAAUAAAGGUGAAAGCCAUGGGAGAACUUCAAGAGCUACUUAAAGUUCUUGAGAAUGAAUUGAUGAAUGACAAUAACAACUUAUUUGGAGGAGAAACAAGUAAAGUUGGAUAUAUUGAAAUUGUUUCCAUUUUGAUAACUUAUUGGAUUGGAGUUAUUCAAGAAGCAUUGGAAGUGGACAUAUUAAACAAAGAGGAAUUUCCAAAUAUAUGUGGAUGGGCUGAUAAGUUGAUGAGUUGUAGCUUUAUCAAGGAAAAUUUGCCACCUAGAGAAAAAUUACUUGCAUUUUACAAAAAAUAUACCAAACCACUAAUGCUACCAAGUAAUGAACUUUCUCGAUAAACAAAUCACAAGAGAAAAAAAAAUCCUCUUGUUGGUGUUGGUGUUGGUUUUUCUUUUUUUUUUUCAGUGUCAUUGUUCAUCUUUGCAAUGGUGAAAUAGUUCAAAGAUGAAAUUAAAAUAAUUCUAUGGAGCACUUUUGUUUUAAGCUAAUAUAUAUACUAGGGCAUACAUUGGGUUGGUUCAGAUUAUUCAAAUAUCAAAUUAAAUUA